UUGUUGUCCUCUGGCGCCUUCUAGUGGCCCAGGCGGGAGACGCCAAUCUCCGUCACAACUGAGGUCACGACGGGAAACAUGGCUGCCUCCAGUAAAACGACCGUGGUGUUGAAGGCUGUGAAGAAAAUAGCUAUUCAGUUUUCUCCAUUCGAGUCUAAUGUUCGGUCGACGCGAGAGUUCCUGGCCUUGGUGGGCUCAGAGAAGGCGAGAGCUACUAACAUUAACUGUGAGGUGACAACCACGGUGAAACAUGACAAAUCUGAACCAGUAGUGGAUGUUACGUAUGUAGAUGGAGAGAGGCUGGUGAUGAAGGGGGCAAACUUGACCUGCAGAGAGAUGCUGGGUGCUUUUCAGUUACGAUGCACAGCCAAGGAUCCACAGGCAAAAGCUGCAAACGAAAAAUGAAUGAACCUCAUGUUAAAUAUGUAGAAUUUAUCUGUAUGUAUGAACAUAUUAUUGAAUGUUUAUAAUAAACUGGUUUUGUAUAAGUGUGA